AAAGUUCUAUUGGCCUGUAUUGUUACCUCACCGACGCCGUCCGCCAUUUUGAUUUUGGUAGUCAAGGACGCGUCGCCAACGGUUCAUUCAUUCAGCAUCAGUCAAAAACAUGGCUAACACCGAUCACAAUUACGCAAAGGACCCAAAUGCCCCAAAUACACCAAAAUAUAUAGGCACACAAUGUGCUGCUGUAGGGUGUUACAAGUCCACAGGAAGGAACAAGGAGGUGGCAUUUCAUUCAUUUCCCAAAGAAAAAAAAAGGUAUAGUUUCGUUUUGAUAGCCUAAGCCUGAUGUGCAGAUGUCAGAUGGGCACAAUGAUAUUUGAGCAACAUGAUGAGAACAUUGUGUGUCAAAAGACAUAACUUUGUGUGCUUAACUUCUAAUGCGAGCACAACAUUUAAUUUUCUAGGCCUACCGAGUACCUUUUUUCACUUCUGAUUUAGAAAUGCAUACUGUCGAUGAUCUGCAAGGAAGGCUGUUUUCAAUGUCCAGCACCUCCCACCACAGUUUUAGCAUAGCAUACGUCACCUAGAAACUAUUAUUUUGCUCGUAUAUAAUACGCCAACGACGUGCCACAUCAAGUGCUAUAUUAACUAAUUGUCUUACCUUAAAAGGAUGUGUUGGGUAGGCAGAUGAUGCCACCGUUAUGUCGCCGUAAAACAAAGUUGGAUAGCCUGCUAGCGCAACAACCCACUGCAUGAUGAAUCGAGGCGCUGAAAUGAUCUGACAACUGUGCAGUGGGCUUUGUUUAUUCGUGUUAUGAUGAUGCCCACAUAUGCAUCUAACAUUUUCCUUUCAAAAUUUAACUCAAUUAACUUUAAAAUCGCCAGACUAAACAUAUCCACGGCAAAGUAUCCAGUCCUUGUCCUAUUGAAGUGGAGAAACUCACAUAGACUUUCCUCUGACGGAAACUCAAUUUCAACAAAAAAGCCAGACCCCUAUAAUUUGUGUUGUAUCUCCCCCUAGUGGCAAAAUAGAAAACAUGAACCAGCGCAAAUGUUAACCAAGGAUAUCUGUGAUAUUAAAACACACUACUGUUAUUUUCUGCAGGUGUGCAGAAUGGAUUAAUAACAUCAGGCGGGAGGACCUAUGUGGUUUACAGACCGAUGAAAUGAAGCAUAGGAAAGUAUGCAGUGACCAUUUCGCCAUUUCACAAUUUGUGAACCCAUUGGACAGGAAAUCUGGCCUACUGCCAAUGGCCGUACCCUGGCUAGUAGACUGUCCCAACCCCCCUAAAUCUCAAGACACAGUUCGUCCACCACCCCGAAAACGGGUCGCACUUGAAAUUGAGACAACAGACUCAGAGAUCCUGGAUAGCACUGAUGUACUGGCCAGUGUCAGCAAUGACAACACAGUGGAAAAACUGAAAAGAAAAAUUGGCUGCUACAAAUCAAAGCUGUCAAGGCUAAAGAAAAAGACACCAUCUAUCAGCAAACAAACAUUAAAGAGGGAAAUUUCCAAAGUAUUGCCAAAACAAGCCGCACAAUUUGUCAACGAGCAAAUUGAUAAUGCCAAAAAAAAACCAAGGGCCAUUCGGUGGAGCAACUUCAUGAAAAGUUGGGCGUUACAGGUUAAGGGUACAGGGCCAAAAGCCUACCGAACCAUGAGGAGAAUUUUCAAGCUCCCUACAGCCAGGACCCUUUCAAAUAUCUUGCAGAGAGUAGACAUCGGGCCGGGAUGGCAUGAACCUGUGCUGUAUGCACUUAAACAUCAAGUGCAGCAUAUGGAAGAGCGAGAUAGGCACGUUGCCAUCACAUUUGAUGAAAUUACAUUGAAAUGUAGCCUAAAUUAUAACAUCUCGAAAGAUGAAGUAGAAGGGUAUGACGAAGGGGGAAGACCAGCCAACCAUGCAGGGGUUUUCAUGAUCCGUAGUCUAACUGGGAAAUGGAAACAACCCAUAGGGUACUUCUUGUCAUCUGGGACCAUGAAGCAUGGGGUCUUAAAAACCAAAAUCAUGGAGGCGGUGGAAAAGGUGCUUGACACUGGCUUCACUCCCAUGGUGCUGGUAAUGGACCAAGGCAGCAACAACCUGGCAGCCUGUAGAAACCUGGGUAUAACAGAAGAAAAACCGUACUUCUUUGUCAAAAGCCAGAAGAUUCAUUUUUUAUUCGACCCCCCCCAUUUAAUGAAAAACAUCAGAAACAAUUUGCGAAAAUAUGGAUUUUACAUAGGGGACAAAUUGGCAGAAUGGGGAGACAUCACUGAAAUGUUUAAAAUUGAUUCACAAAGACAACACCGAAUGGCACCCAAGUUAACCCAACGGCAUCUGUCCCUCACUGCCUUUUCAACAAUGAGUGUGCCUCUCGCCACUCAGGUUCUUAGUCAUUCUGUUGCGGCUGCACUGCUCACCAUGGCAGACAUGGGGAAGCUAAGAGAGGGGGCAAAAACGACGGCAGAUUUUGUAGCCCACUUUAACCAGAUGUUUGACUGCUUUAACAGUAGCACAUUGUCCAGCAGCACACCACAAAAGGAUGCCUUCAGAGAGACACAUAUUGAUUUUAUCAAUGAGAGUAUUAACUGGCUGGCAUCUGUCAGAUGUGCCAGUGGCAACAGCUUGAAUUGCCUAAAUGGUUGGAGGCAUAACCUAAGAGCAAUCAAGGAAAUCUGGGCUGAAUUGAAAGGUAGCAGCAAUAAGGCAUAA